GCCGAUUCUUGAAGGUUAUAAAUACAGCUCACUUCUAGUAGAUGAGUAAAGUUGUCAGAGUUGAGUUAGUCGCACGAUGGCGCGACAUGUUGGUCGCUCAUAUACAUCGCCGGCAGUUUUUCUAUUAUUCGUUAUUGCAGUUAUUCGAUUAACAAGAGGCAAUACAUUGACAGACAUAGUGAGUCCGUUGAAUAAUCCUAAUGUGACAGCUGUAAGCGUGUUAAAUCUACGGGAUUCGUUCUUCCAUGAAACACCUUCGUUUCGUUCCGAGUACUUGAUAGAGCUAUAUGGGACCGGCCUCGAAAGUAACUUAUCAUUAUAUUGGUCGAAUGAUGGUAGUGAUUGUGAACAGAAUAAUGUACUCAAGAACAUUUGGAUCUCGAUGUCAGGCGAUCGUGCAAUAUACACGUUUCUCGAACUUCCGGACUUUAAAGUAAACACGGUCUAUUUUUGCUUGAAAAACGGCGAACGAUGGACCAAUCUUGGAAGUAAUUUUACGGUGAACUUACCUUCGCGAUUGCAAAAAUAUUUUCGCACACGUCGUGCCAAUUCACAUGUACCUGACAUCGGUGAUAAUGAAAAUGUACCAUCGACACAAGUCCGUACAAACAUUUACAUUGAAGGCCUGAGAGUAGAGUUAGCUGAUAAGGAUCCUAGCUACACCGAAGAAGGUAUUCCAGAGAUUUUGGCUGGUGGCAAAGCAGUAAUACGGUUAUUCGGAUCUGGAAUUACAGAAGGUACUUUAAUCACAUUUACGGAUAUGCCACAAGAGAGGGAUUCUAUUUGUGACAAAAUAAAGAGCAAUGAGUUUCAAGUAAAAAAUGUACAGAAAAAUACAGCAACCAUUGAUGUAGUUUUACCACUUGGAUCUCCAUUUUUUAUUUGUGCAAAAUCACCAAUAUAUGAAGAUGCCCAAAAUGAUUAUGUGCCUUUUAGACAUCAAGGCAGAGCAUCAUGGAAUACAAUUCGUACAUAUGAAAAAAUGUUACCUCUUUGGCUUAGCAUUUUAAUCAUUCUCUUGUGCCUCAGCUUUUCUGCUUUAUUUUCCGGCCUUAACUUGGGUUUGAUGGCAAUGGAUAGAACUGAACUAAAAAUACUUUGUAACACUGGUACAGAAAAAGAAAAACAAUAUGCAAGGACAAUACAGCCAGUGAGAAACCAUGGAAAUUAUUUACUUUGUUCUAUUUUAUUUUCAAAUGUUCUUGUCAAUUCAUUAUUCACUAUUCUGUUAGAUGAUUUAACAUCUGGACUAGUUGCAGUCAUCUGUUCAACACUUGCUAUUGUUAUUUUCGGUGAAAUUUCACCACAAGCCAUAUGUAGCAGACAUGGCCUAUGUGUUGGUGCUAAAACAAUUUAUAUUACAAAAUUAACUAUGAUAAUAACAUUUCCAUUAAGUUAUCCAAUUAGUAAAAUUUUGGAUGUUUUUCUUGGUGAAGAGAUUGGUAAUGUUUAUAACAGGGAAAGAUUGAAAGAACUUGUUAAGGUUACAACGGGAUAUAAUGAUCUAGAAAAAGAUGAAGUUAAUAUUAUAGCUGGAGCUCUUGAAUUACGGAAAAAGACUGUUGCAGAUGUCAUGACAAGAAUUGAAGAUGUGUAUAUGCUAAAUUAUAAUGCAAUUUUAGACUUUGAAACUGUAUCUGAAAUCAUGAAAUCAGGUUUUUCACGAAUACCUGUAUACGAGGGAGCUAGAACUAAUAUAAUAACGAUGUUGUAUAUUAAAGAUCUUGCAUUUGUUGAUCCUGAUGACAAUAUGCCACUUAAAACACUUUGUCAGUUUUAUCAAAACCCAUGUAAUUUCGUUUUCGAAGAUGUUACGUUAGAUAUAAUGUUUAAACAAUUUAAAGAAGGUCAUAAAGGUCACAUGGCAUUUGUUCAAACAGUUAAUAAUAAGGGUGAAGGUGAUCCUUUCUAUGAAGUGAUAGGUUUAGUUACAUUGGAAGAUGUCAUAGAAGAAUUAAUUCAAGCAGAAAUUAUAGAUGAAACAGAUGUAUUUACCGAUAAUAGAAGUAAACGUAAAAGGCAGGCUCGGACAAAAAUGCAGGACUUUACCGUGUUCGCGGAGAAAAAAGAAAAUCAGCGUAUUCAUAUAUCUCCUCAAUUAACUUUGGCCAUGUUUCAGUACUUAUCUACAACUGUAGAUGCUUUUAAACCUGAUACAAUAUCUGAAACUAUUCUACGUCGUUUACUUAAACAAGAUAUCAUUUAUCACAUCAAAGUCAAGACCCGUGAAAAAGCCAGAAAUGAUCCCGUUGCGAUAAUUUAUCAGCAAGGAAAAGCGGUAGAUUAUUUUGCAUUGAUAUUAGAAGGUCGAGUAGAAGUUACAGUUGGCAAGGAAAAUUUGAUGUUCGAAAGUGGUCCAUUUACAUAUUUUGGAUCUCAAGCACUUACUACGAAUAUAGGAAUAGCUGAAUCUCCCACAAAUGGAAAUCCUCAAAAUCUUGGAAGCAUUCAAUCGAUCAAUUUAGAUUCUAUAUUACGUUACACAUUUAUACCAGACUAUACUGUUCGGGCGGUAACAGAAGUAUUUUAUGUCAAAGUCAAAAGAUCUUUGUAUCUUGCUGCCAAGCGUGCCACUCUUUUGGAACGAAGCCAAAAAGAUCCUUUACCUAGUCAGGAUCAAUUUGACGAUGAAGUAGAGAAAUUAUUACAUUCCUUGGAUGAAGAUGAUCGUAGCGUACCAGAAUCGCCAGUUUUACCAAAAGAUAAAGAAAAUGAAACCAGUAAAGAUAAAGAUAUUAAAAGUCAAUCACCAAUUCGAAGUGCAACUGCCCCAACAUCUCCUCUCCCAGUCAGUGCAAGUCCAGUUACAAAUUCUAAAUUUGUUUCAUCACACAGCGAUCAUAAUGGAAAGAUAAAAAAUUCCCCAAUAAAAGCACAAAAUGCAGCCACUCCAACAGGAUUGGGUAAACUCAGUUUAGAUUCUGACGUGCAUAUAAGUCAAUCAGAAGCUGUCCGACUUCUAUCUGGGAAGAAAUCAUUGGAUGAUGAGGAAAGGACAACUUUAUUAGUUAAACAAGAUCGUUCUUAACGCUUACAGAAUGGCCGACGAUGUACAAUAAUGUCGGCAGUUGGAAUAGUAUUAAAGAUACUAAGCAACGAAGGACAGAACAUACGUCUAUGACAUAUACAGAUGUUUUGGCAUUAGGUACUUAACAAAUUACUUAAAUAUCUAAUGUAAACGAUACUAAUCCAGUUAUGAGAUUCUUAUGCAUUUUAUAUCAUCGCGAUUGGCUUAGAAGCUGUACCCAAUUCCUCGAUAAAAAAUAUAUCUAUUUUGCUCAGGGGAAGUUGCCAAAAAUGUUCAUAUAUAUAUAUUCAUGAAACAUUAUUCAUUGAAUAGCUCAUUUCAUGAACAAUCAUACGUGCAUCACAUACCACUGUUUAAUUGCAUUUAGCGCAUGGUAGAAAAAAUAUUCCAAUUUAAUCUCACACGUUCCAUCAAGUCUCUUUUCAUUAAGCAGCUAAGUACUUACAAAAGUGUUCAGUAAAGACUGAACAUGUAUAUAAAUAGAAGUAAUAACUCAUUAACCCAUUCAGAGAAUAAGUGCUCGUAGGUUGGUUGCAUUAUAUUUUAAUUAGAAAGAAUAGGAAAAGAAAUUCUGAAUAUUAAUCGUGUGGUUAGAUUCUGUGUUGCAUAUAUUUCUUAAUAUACUCUGCAUUAGCAUUUAGAUAGAAUAUUGAAUACUUUUGAGCGCAGUAACACUAUGUACUUACAUAGUGAUUUUUUUUCUUUUUUCCAUAGAACCUAAUUAAGUUUAUCUACGAGCGCUCUAGGGUUAAUUUUAAGAUUGUUUUUAUUUUAUAAAAGAUUUUAUGAUCUAUUUAUUUAUAUUAUUUAUGUAGUAUAUAUAUAUAUAUAUAUAUAUAUAUAUAUAUAUAUAUAUAUCAUUUAUGGAUUUUAUGAGGAGAAUAAUUCAAUCUAAGAGAAAAACUCCUUUAAUAAUCUAUGAAAGAAGUUUUUCUACAAGCACUUCCCUCUACUUACUGUGAAUAUAGUAUGAAAAUGUCUUGUUUUUUUCUCCUUUAAAUAUUGAUGUAAUGAUUUUUAUUAUCAAAAUUAAUAGAUUUAUGGGUACAGUUUUUUUUGCUGAUCUAGUAAAAGAAACAGGAUGAUUAAUCUUAUUAAUAAUUAAAAUCUUAUAAUUAUUAUUGAAAACUUUUGUGUGAAAAUAAGUUUAUUUAACAAUAUUAUAAAAUACCGUUGUAUGACCAAACACAGGCGGAUAUUAACCAAAAACAGUACAAAGUAAUAAAUUUGUAGGUAUAUAUAUGAUUGAAGGAAUUAUUAAGUAUUUUUCUUGGUGCAACGGUCUUUAAUUUUGCUUUAUAAAUUAUAUCCUUUAUAUUUUGCAUUGAGUAAUAGGUGCCCUAAAAAUAAUUAGUGGUAAAAAGAUAUAUUUGAUACGUAAUUAAUGUAAUCGUAUUUUUAUUCUGUGCCUUAAAAUAUCUGGUAGAUAUAAACCUGUUUAAUCAGCUUUACUAGACCAAGUGUUGCCCUAAAAAAUAUUUUAGUAAUCAUUUGAAAAAUAUAUCUGUUAAUUUAUUUUCUAUUUCUUUUUAUAACCCUCGAACAUUUAUUUGUAAUUUCGCACAAUAUGUAUAUAUAUAUCAAAUGUAUUAACAUUAGAGAAGAAUUAUGAACAUUAUGUUACACUUCACGCAUAUACGUAAAAGACGUAUUCAAAGUUAUUACUAAAUAUCACUAAAAAAUGUGGUAGUAUUACUUGCAAGAGAUAUAAAUCAAUGAAAUUAUUGUAUGCUUGAGAUAUUUUAAUGAAUUAUAAAUUAAUUGCAAAAAUGGAAUAGUAUAAAUAUAAUCCAAUCUAAAUAAAUCUUCAUAUACAAACAAUGAAUAAUAGAAAUAAUUAAUAAAAAUAUAUUUCUUCACUUCUAUAAUUUAUAUUGCAAUAUAGAAAAAAAAAAUAAGACUCGGAUUACAUUAUUCCUGAAUUAAUAACGAAAGCAAUUUCUGAACAUAUCUCCCAAUUGUUAAAAUAAAAAAAAAAUAAUAUCUUAAGUUUGUUUAAUAGAAAAGUAAUGUAGAGCGAAAUACUGUUUGAUUUUAAGAAUCUAUUUUAUUUUUGCUAUUUACUUUAAUUUUUUUAAAUAAUAUAAUUGUAGAAACUGCCAUAUAUUUAAUAUAGUACAAUUUUUAUCGUUCAAAAUUUUAAUAAUUAAUUUAUUUUUGAAAUUAAAUAAGAAUAAUUAAUAUUGGUUGUGGGUACAUCUCUUUUUGAUUAUAAUUUGUAUACCAGAUACAAAUAGAAGUACUUAUAUGGCCAUGAAAAGUAUGCAUGAAAAGAUCAUUAAAAUUAAUUUUCACAUUGUCAAUUCAUGAAAUAUUGAAGGAAUGUUUGUGACAUUAUUUUAAUGAUAUUAUUUUAGUAUUUAUACUCAUUUUAUUUUAUUUUAUUUUAUUUUUUAACAAAUACAGUUGUACUUAUUUUAUAUAUAAAUCGAAAUCUUUUUGCGUAACAUGUGAAAUAGAGAGAGAAAUAUUUUUUUAAGUUUAUAAAUAUUUUAUUUGUGUUCUGAAAGAUUUUCAGAAAUAUCAAAGAUUAAUUGAAUUUACAAUUUGUUACAAAUGCGAUAAAUUAAUAUCGAUUUAUAAAUGCUUUUAUAAGUAAAUUUUUAGGUGCGUUUUAUUGAUAUAAUAUACGCAUGUGUUUUUCUUCGUCUAAAAUUAAUAAUUAUAACAACAAUGAUAGUAGUAGCAAUUUCAUUAAAUUUGAUAUUAUUUCAACUUAUCAUGCAAUAACCAUUUUUAAUUCUGAUUCUGUUUCUAUACUUAUAAACUAUUUUAUAUACUCUAUACUAGAUUUAUAUUGUAAAAGUAUGAAAGUCAACUCAGUGUGUGCAUAUUGAAAAAUAAUAUCACAUAUAACUCUUUGAAGCAUGACGAUAGUCAUAGUAUUACAUUAAAGUUGUUUCACAUAUAAUAAUAAAAAUUUAUUUUUCUUGUUGAAAUUUAUAAAUAGAAUAACUCGAUCAGUCUUAUUGGAGAAAUUCUCUCCUCAAGUAUUAAGUUGGAGGGGGUACGUAUAAGGUGCUAUUUUAGCAGUAAAUAUACAUUAUAUUGCUGUUGAUAUAUGAGUAGGACUGUAUAUAAUCCUCAUAAUAAGCUUCAAAGAGUUACAAUGCACAUCUUAUACGACCAGAAAUAUUAUAACACACAUUUGUAAAAUGUUUUAGCAAUUGCAUUAUUUUCCAAUCGUUUAUCAGAUAGUUAAAACAUUGAUACUGAUGCAUUUGCUAAAAUAUAAAAAGAUAAAUCGUACUUAGUGAUAUAAAAAUAUGUUUACAGAGAUGUUAAACCUAUUAAGAUUUUAUAUAUUUUUACGAGAUUACAUCAUGAUCUUUUACUUAGUUUUCUGUACUAUCUAUUGCAUGUUUAUUGUAUAUAAUACAUAUAUAUGUGUGCGCGCGUGUGUAUGUGUGUGUGUUCGUUAUUUUUAAUACAUUGUAUGUAGCACUUUAUGACAAUGUAAUGAGCUUUAGUUAAACAUAGUUAUGUCGGGAAAGUGUUAUUACAUACUAUUUACAAAAAAAUAAGAAGCCGGGUUUGACUCACUUUCUUUCUUAUACUUUCUAUACAUGUGUAUGUGUGCGUGCGUGAGUGCGUGCGUGCGUGUUCGUGUAUGUACACAUAUAUACAUGCAUACAUACACACACACAUACACGCAUAAUAUGCGUAUAAAGACAAAAAUGACAAACAACGCGAUCUGUACAAAUCGGUUUAAGUAAAAAGAAAUUUGUGAUCUUCCAUAGUUAAUCAUUAAAAUGUUGCUACAUGCGACAUGCAAUAAUAGAUAGUACUUAUGCAUGUUUUUGACAAAUCUUAUAUUGUUCCGAUUCAAUAGAAAUAUGUUCUCAAACAUAAACAAAAGAAAAAAAUCUAUCCGGUCUGUAAUAUAAAAAUAAAACAAUUACUUCAA